UCAAGUGUAUCUUAAAGUGAGCAGUUGCCCCGUGCGCCUAGAUCAUUCCUAAAUAUGUGGGGCCUUGUGCUAAUAAUACUCUCAGGUGUCUGCCUGCAGGCUCAGGCCUGUGUCGAACGCGUGCCUCUAAUGAAAAUGCGCGGCACUCUGGUAACCAUGCGAAAAUAUCAGGGCCUGACCAAUUGCACUGGCAACUGCGGAUCCUUGGUGGGACGACCUAGAACAGAGACUUACAUGUCGUAUGAAGAGGUCUGCUGCGAGGGAUACUUUCGCAACGAGAACGAUGAAUGUGUUCCCCAGUGCGUGGAUUGCGGCGCCACUGGCAGAUGCCUCAGCCCACAUGUUUGCCUGUGCGGAAAAGGCUUUGCGAAUCGAAACAAUCGCACAGUCUGUGAGCCAGAGUGCAGCGAGACAUGUGUGAACGGCAGCUGUGUGUCGCCAGACGAGUGUCAGUGCCGGGAUGGGUACCGCUUUCGCGCCGAAUCUCGGACAGAGUGUGAGGCGGUGUGCACUGUGGACUGCGAGAACGGGCACUGCCCGAGCCCAGCGACAUGCGUCUGCAACAUUGGUUAUCAGCGCGAUGAGGAGCUGAAGAAAUGUGUGCCCAUAUGCCAGGACGAGUGCGUUAACAGCGAGUGUGUGGCACCCAACGAGUGCAAGUGUCACGCUGGCCACGAGAAGCGAGUGGCACAGCCCUGGAAAUGUGAUCCCGUCUGUUCGAGUGGCUGCAACAAUGGAAUUUGCGUAAUGCCAGAGACCUGCUACUGCAAACUGGGCUACAGCCGCAUCUCCAAUCAUAUGUCUUCCGGCUGCGUGCCCUUCUGCGAUCCUGCCUGCGUGAACGGCACCUGCAUCUCACCUGGUCACUGCGCCUGCGCCGAGGGCCACGUCUUUGCGGACGACUCGCACAAUGUGUGCGUGCCCAGCUGUCGGUCGGGCUGCGAGAACGGGUUCUGCCGAUCGCCAGGUCAGUGCGAGUGCCACGAGGGAUUCGUGAAGAGCUCCCCACAUCGCUGCUCACCCAUUUGCAGUCCAUCCUGUGGAAGCAAUUCGCACUGCAUCGCCCCGGACACGUGCGCCUGUGACAACGGGCACGUCUUUGUGAAUGGCAGCAUCACGGAGUGUGAGCCCUACUGCCCGCGUAGCUGUCGGAAUGGCAUCUGCAGCAGUCCCGGCGUGUGCACCUGCCUCGAGGGCUACCAGGCCUUGCUCGCCUUCUACUGCAUUCCCAUUUGCCCGAAGCCCUGCCUGCACGGCAGCUGUGUCGCCCCCAACGAGUGUCGCUGCUUCACCGGCUAUCGGCCAAGUGCCACCCAGGGGUCUAGCGUCUGUGAGCCGAUUUGCAGCCAGGAAUGUGGAAAUGGCCGCUGCAUAGCUCCGGAGAUCUGUCAGUGCGAGACAGGCUACUAUAAGCGCUGGCCGACUGGCACUUGCCAGCCGUACUGCCCCCAGAAGUGUGUCAACAGCCACUGCGAGGGCUCCGGGCAGUGUCGCUGCUACGAGGGCUAUCGACUGAGAGCCGGCUCCAACUCCAUCUGCGAUCCCGAGUGCUCCCCCAGCUGCAUCAACAGCACCUGCGUAGAGCCCAACAGCUGCGCCUGCCUCGAGGGCUACGAGGACACCAGACUCCACUUUCAAUGCGUCCCCAGCUGCCGACCGCGCUGCGAGAACGGACGCUGCUCGGCUCCCGGCCAGUGCGACUGCAAUCCGGGGCACGCGGUGAGCAACUCCAGCCAGCCGCACAUUUGUCAACCUCAAUGCCAGAAGCAGUGCAUCAAUGCCGAGUGCCUCAAGCCGGAGACGUGCGUCUGUCUGGAUGGAUAUCGAAUGCUGCCCGACAGCACCAGCGAAUGCGAACCCAUCUGCUCCCAUGGCUGCCUCGCGGGACAGAUGUGCACAGCUCCGGAGACCUGCGAGGGAUCGGAGGAGGAUUCGGAUCGGGGCAGCUUUCUACCCUCCACCGGCAAGCACCUCGCCUUCCACUGGUCAAUGUUCGUCCUGGCCAUCCUGCUCUGCCUGGCCCUGGUCAUGACUCCGCUGAUGGUCGUUCGAGAGAUGCAGCGUCGCCGUCGCAACGGCGACAAACAGCAAGUUCAUCUCAUCGAGAAUCCCUCUUACGGUGUCAUUUUGGCCAACAGCGAGGAAGGGGCAGUCGAGGAAGGCAUCGGACUGGGCGACUAGCCUGAGCCUGAACAUAUUUUAAUUUUAAAUUCAGUAAAUUAAUUUCCUAACUAAUAAAAUCCAUGAUCGAUAAUUAUCGUGAUCAAAUUAAAA